UCUACUCGUCUCUUGGUUUUUGUUUUGGUACUUUUUGGAUGGGACAAAAUGAAAACAAAAGUGAAAUAGCUAUGUGGUAUUAUUGUGUCACUUUAUGCGGUAUAUAUGUGAUUAUCCAAAUAAGAUGUGCUGUAUUUAAUAGAACAUGAAUAUAUGCUUUUGAUAAAUUACCAAUGGACUUGCUAUCUGGGAAUUUUAUGCUCGUAAUACUGCAAUUGAAUAAAAAUUUUGAUCGAGAUAUAAGACUUCCUUUUGUUCAAUCUAGUGACCUGAUUUCAUGAUUUAACUACAAAAUGGACUUGCUGCCAUAGUUUUUCUUUUUCCAAAAUCCAAAUCUGAUAUCCUUUCAAUCGUAAAAUCUACUCAAUCUUGAAUUUACUAUUGAGAGAUCCUUUGCCUCAAGUCAAUUUUAAAAAAUUGUUUGAAUAAAAGUAGGGGACAAAUUAAUGUAAUAAACUUAAAUAGCAAAAUGAUUGUUAUUUCAAAAUCAGAAAUAGUGAUUAGUAACGUUCAUAAGUCAUUUAAAAUCAUAUGGUCUAUUGGCAUAUUUCAUUUCAUUUCGUCUAUUGUGUGAUUAGUAACGUUCAUAAAUCAUUUAAAAUCAUAUGGUCUAUUGGCAUAUUUCAUUUCAUUUCGUCUAUUGGCAUAUUUCAUUUCAUUUCAGACCAGCGACCCGGCUACAGACCAGCAUCAGAUUAUCAGUCAUUUUGCAUAUUUCAUUUCGUCUAUUGGCAUAGGUUAUUUGUGGAAUGAAUUAGAAUUAGUUGUCCUCGAUAUCUGAUUGCUUUAGUAUCUAGGUGAGCUUGGUUGUAAGGAACCCACAAAACUGUCAAACCUUUUUCCUUUUAAACGAUCACAAUUCAUUAGUCAAAGUAACUGUCUUUGGUUUCCUUACCAUGGAAGCUUUUCUUUCUCGAUGGUCCUGGAUUGGUUAAAGAAAAAUAUGAGUCAUUUGUAUGGUUAAGUAAAUUGAAACUUGAGCUUCAUGUGUUCCCUAUACAUUUGAAAUGCAGUUAGUGAACUUAUAUAUGCAAUCUUUACAUUCCAGCUACAAAGUUUGACCUUUGAGGUUGGACCGUUGGAGUAAAUGAAACUGAAAAAGAAAAACUGACUAUCUAUUUAUUGUCUGUGUUCUAUUGAAGUUCUUGCCAUACCAUUUUAUACGUUUAUAUGUUCUCACAGAAGACCUCUUCCAUUCUCUUUACUUUGUCAUGCAUAUUGCUUCUUUAAUAAGUUGAAAAUGUAAGGUUGAGAAUUUGUACCCACUGAAGAGAGUGAAGCUGAUGGUAUGUGUACUAUGAAGUCUUUGUUUGGCAUUUGAACAAUAUUUCUGGCGAAUGUUGUCAAUUCCCCACGUAGCACAGGAUCGGGCCAAUUCAAGCACUGGGCAGCCUUGCUAGGGAUCCGAGAGCCCAUUUUUCAGCCAGUUGUCGCUUUUUAUUGCCUGUACUACCGACUUUUCAGAGCAAGAGGUUUGCUUAUGCAGUUAAGGAGAGUACCCUGAUAGUCUUUUCAUGGAACUGUUGCUCUGGGUUUUGGAUGAUAGGUUCCGGAGAUGGAUGAUGGAAGUCUUGAACGUUCUGGUGUUAAAGAUUCUGGAUAACCCAGGACGGCGUCAUCAUUUCAUGUGCUUAUAAAUCUGUUAAGACCUCUGGAUCCAUCAAGAUGUCCAUCUCCAGCAUCAAAUGAUUCUCUUGCGAUCAGAAACCUGAAGUUCUCUUAUUUGGUUGUUAAAUGUUUAAUAAAGCUCCUAAAGGUGCUUCAGUCUCUUAGUUCUUAGUCGGAUUCUACACGACACUAUGUUCUUUUGGUCAGGUGUCUCAAUAUUUUAGGCUUAUUAUGAAACUGGUGUAAGCUGAUCUUAUCUCCUGUGCUCGUUAUUUGACAUAAGCAGCUCUCAGUGUCUAUCUAAAAUUUAUACCGACAAAAUGUUUAAAGAUGUUCAGGCUGAAAUUGUUGAGGCUUAUCAUAGCUGUAGCAUGGUUGAUAUGUCAGUUCAGUCAAGCAAUAAAGUUUACAAAGUAGUAGAUGGUGGUCGCAAUACCUUUAACGUCAACCAUGAAGUUGGAGCUGAGGUGUACAGUUGUGAAUGCAAGUUGUACUCCAGGCGAGCAACAUUUUGGAUCACGAUGGCUGAAGAGGCCCUUACUAAAGGCCGUCCAUGGUUUUCCAAGAGACGAGUUUGAAAUGACUGAAGAUCCAGAAGUUGACGCUAAACGGAAUGCAGUCACCAAGAUGCACACAACAUAUAACCGUUUAGCUCAAAAGGCCGAGUCCAAAAUCGAUGAUGUCAAUGCACUCAUAUCUGGUAUGGAGAGACUUGGUCUGGAACUGUUUGGUGAUGAAGGGUUAGCAGUGCCUUCUUUGGAUAAGGGAAAGAGGAUCGAAAAUAUUUUUGGUGAUCCAAUACCGGAUGCUAUCAAUGUUCGCCCACCUGAUGCUGUACAUACCAAGGGUUCUGGAAGCCGGAAGGUGUCAAAGAAAGAAGCGGCUAUCAGGCAAAUGAAUAAACCUCUGCGACGUUGCGUGAAAUGCCGCGAAAUGGUGCGACAUGAUUCAAGGAACUGUGGCAAAGAAAAAUAGAAAAACAAAAACAAGUGACAAUGCUAAGGAGUUUUAUUUCACUUUUUCCCUGAUUUUGUUGCCCCAUUUUUCUAUUCGCCUCGUCUUCUUUAUACAAUUCCUUGGAUAUGGUUUUUCGUUUA